AUGAAGAGGCACCUUUUUUCUUCGCUUUCGGCUUUGCUUUUUGCGGGCGCUGUCGUCUCCAGCAGCCAUUCCGUCUCUUACGAGGGAUAUCAGGUCCUUCGGUGGAACCACGAUGUCGACAGCCACAUCGACAUAGUCGUUGCUCCAGACCAAAUACUGAAAUUAGAAUCGCUAAAGCUCGACUACCGAACCUUGCAUAAGAAUCUGGGAGAAUCGAUCACUGCCGAGUCCAAGGUGAAGGAUAGCUACAGACGCGACGUUGACGACCUCUCUUGGUACGACUCAUAUCAUUCAUAUGCGGAUCAUGUUCAGUACUUAAGCGACCUUCAUGAGGCUUUCCUCGACAACUCGGAACUAAUUUCCUCUGGUCGUUCCCAUGAGAAUCGUUCCAUCCACGGAAUUCACCUUUACGGUGACGACGGGCCAGGAAAGCCGGCGGUGUUGUAUCAUGGCACGGUACACGCUAGAGAAUGGAUUACGGCCCCGGUUGUCGAAUAUCUCACUCUGCAGCUGAUCACGGCUCACAAGACCAACGCCACGAAAUCUAUACUCAACCAAUACGACUUCCACAUUUUCCCUAUUGUAAAUCCAGAUGAUAUAAACAGAAAUUGGGAAUACGGGUGGGACGUGAACUCUUUGGGAGCAUCGACCAAUGCCUGCGCGCAAACAUAUAGGGGCCAGAAGCCCUCAGACACCAUCGAAAACCAAGGCCUCGACUCGUAUGUACGCAAGCUCCGCGAUAGCGUCGGUAUCAAGCUGUACAUCGAUUGGCACAGCUACGGUCAAUACAUCCUGUCACCUUUUGGGUCCAAAGAGGAGUGGUACGCACCAGAGCUUGGGAAGUGGACCAAGACGGCCUCGCUUCUGAGCGAGACAAUCCGUGACAGUUCAGACAGACGCACAACGUUCACCUUUGGUCCUAGUGGCGCGACUCUUUAUACCACCACCGGCGCUGCUCCAGACCACGUCUACGCUAUCGGAGGUGCGGGUUUCUCCUACACCAUUGAGCUUCCUGACACCGGCGAUUCUGGCUUUGUCUUGCCGCCCGAACUUAUCAGGGGCGCCGCCGAGGAGCAGUGGGCCGGCCAACAGGUUCUAUACACUCUUCUAGACGAGGUGUUCUUUGAUGGCAGGGGUCCAGCGUAG